UUUUCAAAUACCAUCAAGGACAAUAUUCCAAAGUUUCUCCAAAUGCCUAAGAAUGCCGAAGUUCAUAUUUGGCACGGAAAAUACCCCGUUGCGGGUAUAUGUGAAAAUAGGCAAUUUCGUCUGAAGGGGCUGCAAGAACAACUAUCAAAACUUGGAUAUGCUGUUUAUUUACACGGCCUCAGUGAUUUCUACGAAAUUGUGGAAAUCUUAGUCAAUGGGGAAAUAGUCUAUCGCUGCAAGAUAAAUGAUUUCCAGUUCGGUAGGCUCAAAGUCUCAAACUAAUAGUGUAUUUAGGGGGUGAUGGAGAACUUGAUCCACUGUGCAAAGCCAUUGUUGAUAGCGUAAAGAAUGCUUACUAAUAAAUUUUACGUUUUUCUCACUGGCUGCGAGCGAAGUGGGUCUUCUUGAUAGAAUAUAUUUCUUUGGUUUAGCCUACAAGCCAGCAGACUUGUAAAGAAAUGACACUUCUCUUCAUAUCAACAUCAAACCAUUUUAAAUCAACUCUGUUUUAUAUCCUUAGCAAACAGAAAGCUGUUUCAUUAAUUUUCAUUGCAGUCUUAACGCUGGUACGGUGGCUAGUUAUAACUAUCAAUCCUGGUGGAUUUAAAUAGAAAGUCCUUUCAAUCAUUUUCAGGAAUAAUGACGAUAGAAAGAAGUCCUGUAUCAAUCCCUGUAAGUCACUGUACAAUUUAGAUUUCAUAAAAUCUUGAUCGAACCAAAUAUAA